UUCUCCGCUCUGGCACUUGCUGCCUCCGUCAACGCUCAUGCCAUCAUGCAGCGCGUCACCGUCGAUGGCGUUGACCAAGGAUCCCUCACUGGUAUCCGUGCUCCUUCCACCAACAACCCCGUUCAGGAUGUCUCGUCGAACGAUCUCGUCUGCGGUGCUAGCUCCUCCACUUCGGCCAAGCUCAUCACCAUCCCUGCCGGUUCUUCCAUCGGCGCCGGUUGGGCUCACGUUCUCGGCGGCCCUCAAGGCUCUGGCGACGGUGACAACCCCAUUGCUUCCUCCCACAAGGGCCCCACCCAGGUCUACCUCGCCAAAGUCGAUGAUGCCACUACCGCAUCCGCCACCGGUCUCAAGUGGUUCAAGAUCGCCAGCGACGCCGUCACCUCCGCCGGCGUCUGGGGCGUCGAUGACAUGAUUAAGAACACCGACUCCGCAGGCUUCGGCUGGCAAAAAUUCACCAUGCCCAGCUGUGUGGCUCCUGGACAAUACCUCAUGCGUGUCGAGCUUUUGGCUCUGCAUUCCGCUUCUUCCGAAGGUCAGGCCCAGUUCUAUCAAUCCUGCGCUCAGAUCAAGGUUACUGGAUCUGGCUCGUACUCGCCUGCAUCAUCCGCUCAGAUCGCUUUCCCUGGCGGUUACUCGGCCACUGAUGCUGGUAUCCUUGCUAACAUUUAUGACACUUCCAUCUACACCAGCUACAAGGCUCCCGGCCCUGCUGUGAUCAGCUGCGGUGCUGGCAGUGCUCCUGCUUCCUCCGCCGUUGCUUCUUCCGUCGCUGCUUCUUCCAAGCCUGCUUCCUCCGCCGCUCCUGUUUACGGUCAAUGUGGUGGUAAGGGCUUCACUGGCGCCACUGCUUGUGUCUCUGGCUCCACUUGCAAGGUUCAGAAUGACUGGUACUCUCAGUGCAUUUAA